AUUAUCACAUACAGUCGGGAGGACGCCGCGAACCAGAUCUGGGUAUCUGACAAUACACUGGAGCAAAUGCCGAUGUGGUGUCCACCAACUCCACCAUCCCAAGAGGGCGACAUGUACGUGGAUCAAACUAUGUCGUUCCUAUACGACGUGAACGUGAUGUCAGAGUCCCAAUUGCCCCCGAUCUACAUUAAAAGGAGCAGCGGCGAGUGCAAGCGCAGUCGCGCGGAAGCGGGUCUUGCGACAGAAGGCAGCCGAAGGCCCCUCAAGUUGCCCAGGAAGGACGAAGGGGGCCAGGGGAUCGGAGGCAUUGCCAACGUGCCCAGGAGUCUCUUUCAUUCGCCUGCGGUGCUUAAGAUGAGACGGGAUCUUAAGUUGCAAAAGUACAGGGGAUUGGUUCGUCCUUCUCUGCCCAUUCCAGGAAAAGCAGCUGUCCAAAAACCGCCUGUAGAACAGCCAGUUUUCCAUGAAUGGACCAUACAUGAAGACAUGGCCAUUCUUAAGGUCAUCCAGUCUUUCCAGGGUUUGUCAUUGAAUUUGCUGGUAAUGAAUCCUGGUCAUACUCCAAAUUGGGACUUCGUAGCCGACUAUGUGAACACUGUCUCAGUAACCUACCGAACACCAAAGCAGUGCAAAUACCGCUACGAAAUGGUACUUAUGCAGCGUGAAGAAGGCAAACAAAUCAGUAUUGAUCCCACAUUCAAAAAGAAGAAAAACAAAGUUGGCGGGACCGUACAGAAAUACUCACUAGGUAAUAAAUCAUCUUGUCGAGGAAUGCGCACUUCGCAAAUGUACACCCAAGACAACAACGUGACGUUCUCCCAAAUAAUGAAUGAACGUUUUGAGACAUUAAAAUCCAUAGUCAACAAACGCGUCCCAGCAACGCGAGCAAUAGCCCCCAGCAGUCCAGUGGUGACCAAGCGACCCACUCAGGCUCAAGUGCAAGCCGCAGCAGUAGCAGCGGCUCAACAGCAGCAGACGCAGCAACCGACAACGCAGCAAGAGGGACUGGGAAUCGAUUUGGAGCAUCCAGUGUUGCCGGUCGAAGUUGCUGCCAGGAGGGCUGAGAGAUUGGCUAGGGAGAAGAAGGGUGCUGAACAACAAAUUGCGGCCAGGUUGCAGAUGAUCAAAGCUGGUUUGAUAGCGACAACCUCACAGCCAUCAUCUGCGACUGCAACUGCGAGCACGCCAGCUACCCCACCUGUAUCCAGUAUAGCUUCUUCAGUACAACAAGUUAUUUCCACUCAGGUAGCAACGGUAGCCACAACUGCUAUUUCUACCCCUACGCCCCCUGGAACUCCACCGAAUACAUUGCGUAGCCAACGUAUAAUAGCGUCUCCGAUUCAGACAUCGACAGUAGUAUCAGUGGCUAGCUUGAGUGCCGCUCAAUUACAGGCAGCUACACAGAGACUGAUUGUAUCAGGAGGAACCGCGAGUCAGGGCAAAACGGUUGUCGCUACUGCACAAGGCAUACAAGGAAAACAGUCUCAGCUGGCGAUGAUCCGUCAAGCAAGCUUAAACAAGCAACUGCGCUUGCACCACCACGGCAACAUCGCAGCUGCCGCCGCAGCAGCGGCUGCCGCUCAAGGAGGCGGUCAAGCGAGCGCCAGUGGGGGGCAGACGCAGAUCAAGACAUCAACUGUCACGAUUGGGGGUCAACAGGCCGUGGUACAAUUCACGCAGGCGCAGCAACAACAACAACCGAGCAACGCUAGAGCGCAGUUCAUCAGACAAGUUGGUGGAAAAGGCGGCUUAACCAGAACAGUAACCGAAAACGAAGUAGCCCACCUAUUAAAGAAGCAGCAGCAACUUCAACAGAAACUUGGAGGCGCAGGCGGAACCGGAACCAUUCAAAACCUGUCGCCUCAAGUGUUGGCCCAAGCUAUCCAAGCUGGGAGCUCGGGUACGUCAGUUGCAACCCUGGUCAAGACUGUUUCUACUGCAGGAGUGACCCAAACAGUGACGAUUCCUAUGACCAACGUAACAUUAGCAACCGCACAGGGCAAGUCGUUGGCACCAGCUGCGCUAAAAGGUGCAGGUGCCACGUCUCCUCAACUACGUCAACUGCAAAUUCAGCAACAGUUACUGGCUCAAAAGAAGUUGGCAGCCGCUGCCAGUGGAGCUGCAGGUAGUUCAGGCACCGUAGGAACACCGGGCGCUACCGCUGCGCAGAAGAUCAGCAUCGCACAGAUGCAAGGUGGCAAAUCAGCGAUGCAAGCCCAGGCAGCGCAACUUAUAGUCGGUUCGAAACCUAUCGGUCAACCGAUGACAGUUCAGCAGUUUCAACAGGUAAUGAGGUCACCUUUGAACGUUCAGCAAGGCCCCGUCGUAUUGGCGAAAGGACCUCCUAGGGUCAUACCUGUCAACACGGUACAGGGAACCAAGCAGACAAUACAGGUUGUAGCGGCCACUUCCCAGGCGCUAAGCUCUGCUUUACGACCUCAGACCGUUUCAAGCUUAGCAGGAGCACUUAGCGGCACCAAAGUACAAUCAGCGUCCACUCAACAGGCGUUGUUGUCUGCUCUUGGCCAAAACGUUGGCGUAAGGCUUGGAAGUCCAGUUCGCUUACAAACUACUAGUGGUACGCCAUUAGUAGCUGUAAGCGUGCAAAACGUCCAGCAGCAAGGAAUUUCAUCCCAAACGACCAACCAAAAUGAACAAGUAAGUAGAUAUUUGAAAAAGUGAGGAAACGUUCGUAGAUAAGUUGCUAAACUUGUUUUGGAAAUGAUGUUUUUGUAUUAAAGUGUGUAUGUAGUAAACAUUCUUCUCAUACUGUAGUUCUUUCUAAUUUAGUUUCUUUGUCUGUUGGAAUUUAUGUUAUUAACGGUUCAGUUUUUUUAAAAGGUUUCAUAACAGUAAAAUGGAAAUAUGUGUUUUGAUCAAUAUAAUUUGUAUUUAAUUUUUAUCAAUAUGUAUGGAAGAUUACCUAACGACACAAUGCAUCAUGUUGAGGCAUCCUAAUCUGUAGUGUCAUUUGAAAAUUUCUAUAAAUUUUGAUAAGGCAACUGUCUUGAUUCAUUUUGCCUAUUUUGUCAUAACCAAAAUCUUAAGAAAGAAAUGGUUGAUAGCUUGAAAGUCAGUCGUGAAGCUUCUGUUUGUUCCACAUUGUAUUUUUUGUGGACAGUUUAUGGUGAAAUUAGUUUUUGUGUAGUAAUAUUUUUAUGUAGAUUCUAGAUGCACCCUUCUUGGAAUUUCUUAUUCUUAUUGGGCGCAUUCAGAUGGCAGCACUGUAGCCCUUAAUGUAAGUAUUCACCUAAUUGAAAUAGCACCUGACAUAAAGUGCUUUAGCGCUAAAGGUCUCUGAAUGCUCCCAUUGAAUUGUGUUGAUGCGAUACAAAGUUUGACCAUUCUUUAUAAUGCGUGAUUCAUUUAUAGGUACUUUUUUCAGCAACAAAAUAAAAUAACAUUUUUUUUCUUGUCAAAUCUUUUUUAUCAAAGAAAAGAAAUAUUUUUGACAUUUAUUUUGUAAAUAUUAUUUCUUUCAAAUGUUUGCCCUGCUGCGGUUGAGAUGGUCCAUUCUAAACUUCCAAUUUGACACGUUGGAAAAUUUCGACUGGAAUUUGGCGAAUGACCUGCGUAAUGUUGGCUUCUAAUUCCUCAAUCGUAUUGGGCUUAUCAAUGUAGACUUUGGACUUAACGUAGCCCCAAAGGAAAAAGUCUAGAGGUAUGAUAUCACAUGAUCUAAGUGGCCAAUUCACUGGUCCAAAUCGUGAAAUUAAGUGUUCAUCGAAAUGUUCUCGCAAUAAAGCCGUGGUUGCACGGGCUGUGUGGCAAGUGGCGCCGUCUUGUUGGAACCAAAUGUCAUCGAGAUUACGGGCUUCAAUUUCAGGCAGCAAAUAAUCCCUUAUCAUGGCGCGGUAACGAGCACCAUUCACAGUUACGUUCUGACCGGCCUCAUUUUAAAAAAAUAGGGACCGAUGAUUCCACUAACCCAUAAACCCCACCAAACCGUUGUUUUCACUGGAUGUAAUGGCAACUCUUGAACCACUUCGGGUUGUUCUUUACCCCAAAUACGACAGUUUUGUUUAUUUAACGUAGCCGUUAAGCCAAAAAUGGGCCUCAUCGCUAAACAAAAUUUUGCUCGAAAACAUCGGAUCUUCUUCAAGCCGUGCAAGAGCCCGAAGACUGAAACGAUGACGCUUUGGAACGUCGGCCGACUUCAAUUCUUGAACGAGUUGAAUUUUAGAUGGUUUCAAAUUAAGAUUCUUACGUAAAAUACGCCAAGUUGUUGAAUACGACAAGUCAAGCUGUUGAGAACGGCGCCGAAUCGAUUCUUCACGGUCCUCACGUAUAGUGCCGUCGUAGCAGAGAGUGCCGUAUCUGCAAAACUUUCGUUUCGAGAAAAUCUAGUAAACGCGCUUUGGUUUCUCACAAGUUUAAUACAUUGCUAUAUUUUUCAAAAAUAGUAAGUGGUUGUAAAGAUCAAUUUGAAAAAAUUGCUGAUAUCGUUUUUACGGUUUAAAUACGUUAUUUUAUGCAAAAACUGUAUUUACGGCUAUUAACGUUACUACUAAGGUGAUAUUGCAAUAACUAAUUCAGGUAAAAGAGCCGUAACUGUAAAGUAAACACGCAUACGGCAUUUUAAGUUAAAAUUAUACUAUACAUAUGUGUAUAAUAUAAAUGCUCAUAAUACUUAACAACUUAUAUAAUAUUAUGAAAAUAUGGCAUUUGGAAUAAUGAUGAAUUUAUUUGUACAAACCCUGUUCACUGCAAUAGUUAUUUUAUCAGUAAAAAUAACAUCUGAAGCAUAUAACGUUACUUUAUUGGUGAAAAAAGCACAUUAAAACAAACAGUAAUACAUAAUAUAUAGAUACAUGUAUAAUACCUACAUAGACUUUUCUAUUCAAAAUUUUCAACUAAAUCAUUAGACUCGUCUGAGACUGGAAUUGUUUCCCAAAACCUAAGCCUGUCUCUCGGCAUAAUUGACGAUAGGUUUUUUAAAAUGUUAUCUCGUUUCAUAACGGGUAUUCCCCUAUUUCCGCAAUAUUUUUCAGGGUGUAACAUUUGAUGGUUAUUUUUAGUAAUAGAGACUUUCAGAAAAUUAAGUUUUUUUAAAGUCACUAUCCAAGAAAUUAGUUUUAUAUUCCAAACAGAGAGAACCUCGUUUGGCAACUACUUCGACCAGAUUGGAUAUAUACACUUUGGGUUUUAAUCUGCUUAAGAUGGCCUUUGAUGAAAUGGUCUUUCCAGUUAUAAAAAUCAGAAAAAAACAUAGAUUUUGUCGCAACCUUACCGGAAUUUGCACUAGAAACAGAACGUUCAAAAUCGACAAAGUCAUAGAUCUUUUUGUUCUUUUUUAAGGACAUUUCCACUUGGUGGUGGAAGCUGUCUGCAGACAUAAAUGUAUGUCCAGGCUCAAAAUAUCUUAAAGUUAUUGUUUCAGUGCCAAUAUAAUCAGAGUUGAUCAAAUAGACAAGAAACGAAAAUAAUGCCCAGUUCUUUUUUGGCCAGUACAAUUAUCAAGCCAAAGUAUAAUAUUUUUUUGGUCCCGAUAAUUAAUAAAAAAUUGAAAAAAAGCACUUAUAAUCUCUUCUUUCUUACGCCCUGCAAUGGCUUCAUGCCACAACAUCGCAAAAGGUCUCUCGUGGGAAUUUUUCCCGAGAGGUACAAAACUCUCAUUGAAUGCAAUUAUGCGUUGGGUAAAGACCACAUCUUUGAACAUAUCAAGUCGAGGAAGCGUUAUUACUUUUUGUAAAUCUGUAGAAAAAUACAGGUCAGGCGAGUCUUUGGAUUUAAUAACAUCAUUUCUGUAAAAUUGACGAGCAGUCUGUGCGCGUUUAAUAUGAACGUCCCAUUUUUUGCACCACUCACAUGUUAAGUCUAAAUUUUUUUUGUGUAACUUGAAAUCCUCACAAAUUUCACAUUCCUCAUGACCGAGAUGAGCAAAAGUAAUAUUAUUUUCUUUAACUACCACGUUUCUGUAAAGUUCAUAUGAGCAUUGCAUCGUGGGAUUAAUUUUAACAAAAUCGCUAUACAUCAUUUUAAUGGAGAUAUCAGAAGGUAAGUAUAACUUAUUUGGAGCAUGCUCGCGUCGGUAAUGGGAUGUGCAGGGAUGAUAUUUCUGAAUAUGAUCGUAAAUAACUUGUCGAUCAACUUUCUUGUGUUUGGAAUGUAACCCUCUCUUAUCUUUUUCUACCGUUAUACCUGAACAACUGCCUACCAACUUUACAAUAGUGUCAUUAUUACAACUGAAACCUAAUGUUGACAAAUAAAAUAUUUUACAAACUUGGAAAGAUUCACCCUUUUCAUCAGUGAGAUUAUAUUUUAACGUAUUAUUUCUUCUGGAGUCCCCUGGCAAAGUUGAUUUUGUUCGUCUUCUCACUCCAACUUUUUCUGUUGUAUGAAGCACAAAAACUCUUCUUGCAGUCCAAUCUUGACUCCAGAAUUCUUCAUUAAUGGUUUCACGUCUAGCUGCUGAUAUCUUUUUAAUGCAUAAUAGUUUCAUUUUCCUCGUCAUUUUCAAUUUCCAACCUAUCUGUUUGUUUUUCUAUAUUUCCAUCAUUCUCUGGAGGUGAGUGAUCAAGUGCAAGUGUCAUAGCAGAUUCGACUUCGGAUGAGGAAAACAAAUUCACAGCAUCCAGUAUGCUUGUAUCAAUAUCAGAUAAGCCACCUUUGUCAUCGUUUUUAUAUAUUAUUUCAAUUGACAUGCCGUCAUUAUUUUGUACUGGUGAAAUAUUCGUACACACUACUGGCAAAUUUGAUUCACUAGUUUUAUCUGAACGAACUGCAGGAUUUAGAUAGGCUUCAGUAUAUAAAGGCGUAUCAACAGCAGGCAAAUCAUUGGCUAACGUCAAGUCUAAAGAUGAUGUUGGUAUCGGAGUGCCCUCAAAUCCAUCCUGAAUGGCCGUCAAAGUAUGGAAUGUAUUUGAUUCCGAUGUUAAAGUAAUGUGUUUUGGAAAUGAAUUGAUAUCUGCAACUCCAACCGCUUGUGCCAGAUUGAUUAUUGUUUGGGUCCUGCGCUUCAUUUUUGGGCACAAUCAAUGACAGCUGAAAUCAAAAGAUUAGUUGUAUCUGACAUACAUAGAAAAAUUAAAUGCCAUAGAAAUAAAAAGUUAAUAUGAAUAGAAAUCAAAACAGCAACUCUGGUAACAAUUCAAAAGCAAUUCAUAAAUUUUGUAGUGUUUGAUAUCCUUUCAUGCAAAUUUUCUGUAAUUCACUACUACCAUUUAUUAAUUUCAAAGAUGUUAAGUAUUUUUUUUAAAUCUUGCUUUAUAUUCCAUGUACAAAAAAUAAAAAGCGUUGAAACUAGUCGCAGUUAGGAAUUUCUGUUAGUAUUAAACAAUCACAGUUACCAAUGCUGCCAUUCCAUUUAGUUUUCCAUUCUUAGCGGGAACGAAGUGAGGUUAUGUUGAUUCACUCGGCUGUAUUUUUCUUAUAGACUACUAUUUCUAAUUAUUUAUUAACAUACCUGUAUUUGCCGAGGUGUUUGUGGUUCAUAAGAAGAUGUAUAUUCUUAAAAUGGAUCACAACACUGGUUGAAAACACGUGUUUUUCUGUAGUACACCGUAGCAACUUGGCAAGCUCACGAGUAAACGUUAACUAAAGCGAAAGGUCGACACGCAUCAAAUUAUGAAGAAUGUUUCAAACUUAAAAAGCCGUAACUACUGGGCGGCAGGGUAGUUACGGUUUUUUAAGUUUGCAUCGUUGGAUACGAGUUUCUACGUAACAACUACUUUACAUAUUUAACAUUAAAUUUUACAAUAUAUGCCGUAGCAUUGCAGAUAUGGUUUUAUAAGUAAGGUUUGUUUGUUAGACCUUUCUAACCUAAAGACUCUACUUAUUACGUCAUAUUGUCAUAAACGUAUGUGCACUUUGGGCCACUUAUAUUAUAGAUACGGUUUUUUAUGGUAAAAAAAUGAAUUGGGCUUGGUCUAAAUAGUAAGAAUACAUAUGAAACUCAAAAAUGAAAAAAAUGUAGAUACGGCACUCUUUGUUACGACGGCAGUAUACUCUCAGCUACCGCAGCUAUAUCUUCUUCACUGCGUGCUAGAUGUGGUCUAUUUGGUCGGGUAUCAUCCAAUAAUGAAAAUUGGUUUUCAAAUUUUUCGACCGUAGGGCGAAUUGUGCGUUCGGUGGGCCGAUUAUGUACACCAUAAGUUGCUCUAAGUGCACGAAACACACUUCUCGCAGAACGUUGAUUUUCUUAGUACAGCUAAAUUAUUUGUAGACGCUGUGCUGGACUAAGUCUUUCCAUGAUGAAAUGUCGAACAAUACUGAAACAGAAAAUGUCAAAUUAGUUGUCAUGGCGCAUGCGCCAUAAGCAAUUACAGCCACACCAAAAAAGUACCUCUAAAUGGGUCACCCUUUCUAUAAAAACCUUGGACGCUUUCGGCUGUAUUGUAUUGGCGAUUUUACAUGAUCUGGCGAAUGCUUCCCAGAAUUGAUUCGUGUUUGGGCAACUUUGUGUCAACACAAUUCUGUCAGUCCCUAUUUGAUUUAUGUUAUUGUUAAUAUAAUGCUACUAAAAAAAGAAAAAAAGCUGUGAUACUAAAUAACAAUAUUUGAGAGUGAGUAUUACGUUUGUGAAGUAUGGUUAGUUAACUACAUUACAAUAUACCUAUGUUGCAUUGACUGUUGCGCUAUUACAUAUUCACGAUAUUCUUACAUUUGAAUCAUGAUCCACCUGAGAAAAUAAUGUAAUAAGGUAAUACCACAACUCGACCUAUGUUGUAUAGUAAUUAAUUAUUCAUAACUUUGAUAUCUUCAUUUUCCGUUAUUUGUUCUACAUUUUUCAUGAAAAUGGAAUAUUUACAAGUAUAUUUUCAGCCGACUAAUAGGCAUUACAGUAGGGCAUGACUGAAUGUAGAACAACAUACCUAUAUAUGAAUGUGUAAGACUUAAAAUUGUACCCCUUCU